AGGAGAGCGGGUCUGUGGGCGGGAGGCCGGAGCAGCUGUCAGGCUAAAGUCCGGCAAGCUACGCGCUGCUGGACGGCUGGAGAAAACGCGGCGCCGGGCCGGGCCCUGGAGAUGGUCCCCGGCGCCGCGGGCUGGUAUUGUCUCGCGCUGUGGCUCCCCGCGUGCGUCGCGGCCCAUGGCUUACGCAUCCAUGAUUAUUUGUACUUCCAAGUGCUGAGUCCUGGGGACAUUCGAUAUAUCUUCACAGCCACACCUGCCAAGGACUUCGGUGGUAUCUUUCACACAAGGUAUGAGCAGAUUCAUCUUGUCCCUGCUGAACCUCCAGAGGCUUGUGGGGAACUCAGCAACGGCUUCUUCAUCCAGGACCAGAUUGCUCUGGUGGAGAGGGGGGGCUGCUCCUUCCUCUCUAAGACCCGGGUGGUACAGGAGCACGGUGGGCGGGCCGUGAUCAUCUCUGACAAUGCAGUUGACAAUGACAGCUUCUAUGUGGAGAUGAUCCAGGACAGUACCCAGCGCACAGUGGACAUCCCUGCUCUCUUCCUACUCGGCCGAGAUGGCUACAUGAUCCGUCGCUCCCUGGAACAACAUGGGCUGCCAUGGGCCAUCAUUUCCAUCCCAGUCAAUGUCACCAGUAUGCCCACCUUUGAGCUGCUGCAACCUCCCUGGACCUUCUGGUAGAAGAGCUGGACUCACAUUCCAGCCAUAAGCAACUCUGAGCUGGGAAGGGGAGACCCAGGAAUUCUACUAUUUGGAAUUUGGGGAUAGCACCUGGGGACAAGUGGAGCCAGGUAGAGAAAAAGGGCUUGGGCCUUAGGCAGGCUGAGGGAGGGAAGCCACACCACUGGCUUUCUCAUCCUCAAGGACUCCAAGGACAUCUCAUGCUACAGGAAGAAGAAAGAGCCAAGCCCCCAGGGCUUCUGGCUAGAAUCUGGACCAAAAGAAGCCAAAGGCAGGCAGCCUGAGAGCUAUGACCUGUCACAUCCCACCUGGUUCAGCCUCCCCCACCCAGGGUCUCCUCACAGUGACCUUCACAGCAGUUGCUGGAGUGAUUUAAGGAACUGGUGUUUGGGACUCAAUAAACCAUCACUGACUUUUUAGCAAUAAAGCCUCUCAUCAGGGUUGCACCUGUGUCCUAGAAUAAAACACACGGAUGGGAGGGGCCUCCAGACUCACA